GAGGGGGGUUGUUUUGAUAGGAAGAGCCGUGUUGGAAGUUCACAGAUACCAGGAAGAGACCGUCCUUGUGUAUGCCCGUGAUACUGACAUCUAAAGAGAGAGCUAUUCGCGGAACGGGGCUAAACUAACACAGCUCUAACACAGUGACAACAGCAAGAGUAAGAGUUCAUAGAUAAAGUCACGACAGUGCAGGGCAUCGCUGUAUGAGUUUGUUCAUUUGUACCUGCCAGUUCCUCAGCAACCUGGUGACAACCUUGCCCGAGUCUGGUUUCUAGAAAACUGUCCACUGGGUGUACGUGCUAACACAUUCAGGUCUUGUUCAUAUUGUAAAUGUAACACGGUGAGCAGGAUCGAAAUCGUCAGUAUCGCUAUUUCUGGGACAUUCUCUUCUCUAUGAUUGAUUACCGGCGGUACCCUGACCUGAGUUUACUGUGUUGCUUAUCUCAAGUGUCUUCUCAGAAGAUGUUGAGGAAUCUGUGCUACAUAUAGAGGGAGUAAGGAGAGAGAGAGAGAGAUAGAGAUGCCUUGGCAGAUUGGGAAGGUAAACUAUGGAAGAAUGGAGUAAACAAUCACCCAAUAAUCAUUAUUCCUGAAAGUGAGGCAGAGAGAGGCCCCUGAGUCCUAGAGACCACCCACCCAUCUUCUCUUAACCCACCCCCCCAUCCCCACUGACCCCCCCCCCCUGCCCUCACUAUGUUGGAGGGUCUGGCUGCCUGGGUGCUCAACACCUACCUGGGCAAGUAUGUUAGCAACCUCAACACCGAUCAGCUCUCCAUCGCACUGCUCAAAGGUGCGGUGGAGCUGGAGAACCUGCCCUUGCGCCAGGAUGCCCUACGGGAGUUUGACCUGCCCUUUGAAGUCAAAGCAGGGUUCAUUGGGAAGAUCACCCUUCAGAUCCCCUUCUACCGGCCCCAAAGUGACCCCUGGGUCAUCUCCAUCUCCCAGCUGCACCUGAUUGGAGGACCAGCCCGUCUGCAGGAGUUCGAUGAGGAGGCAGAAAAGGAGGACGAGAGAGAGAGGAAGAGGGAGCUGCUCAGAGCACUCGAGGAUAAGUGGAAGAGCGAGUGCCAGCAGAAGGGAGAGUCCUACUGGUACUCUGUCACCGCCUCCAUGGUGACGAGGAUUGUGGAGAACAUUGAGUUGAAGAUUCAGGAUCUGCACCUUCGCUUCGAAGAUAACAUCUCUAACCCUGAGAAGCCGUUUGCGUUUGGGGUGUGCAUCAAGCGUGUGUCGGCACAGAACACCACCAAAGAGCCGGCUCAGAAGCUGCAGCGUCAGAAGCAGUUGGAGAUCGAGGAGUUCAGUGUGUACUGGGAUGUGGAAUGCAGUAUGCUGGGGGACCUUCCCCCUGCAGAGAUCCAGGAGGCGAUGGCCCUCUGCAUGCAAAGCCGGGAGCACCAGUACAUCCUGGAGCCGGUGUGUGCCUCAGCCCUGCUGCGUCGGCACAUCUCCAAAGAGCCCCUGCGCUCCCGGAGCAGCCCUCGCAUUGAGGGGCAGGUCCAGCUGGAGUCCAUCUCCCUCAAACUGUCCCAGGUGCAGUACCAGCAGAUCAUGGCAUUCUUGAAGGAGUUGGAUCGGAGGGAGAGGGAACUGCUUUUCAGGAAGUGGAGGCCAAAGGUCCCAGUGACCAAAAACUGCCGGGAGUGGUGGAUGUUUGCCAUAAACGCCAACCUGUGGGAGAUUCAGGAGCAGCGGCACCGCAGGAACUGGACAUUUGCCCUGCAGCGGGCACGCGAUGCCUUACUCUACACCAACCUGUAUUUCCAGAGACUGAAGGGGGGGAUACUGAGCCUGGAGGAAGAGGAGGAGAUGGAGCGUGUGGAGGAUGAGCAGAGUCUGGAGGAGUUGAAGAGCCUGCGAGAGAUUGUCCAUGAGCGAUUAAACAAGCAGGAGGAGCUGGCAGAGAGCCUGAGGGAGCCCAUGUCGGAGCCAGCCUGCGCCUCACCCUCUGGCUCGCUCCCGAAGAGUGGCAGCACAGGGAUGAUCCAGUACCUGCAGUCCUGGUUCCCGGGAUGGGGCGGCUGGUAUGGAGACUCUGAGAACCCUCAGCAAACCGGGGAGGGUGGCAGUAUGCCAACGGAGGGCAUGAUCCCUGGGGCAGAGUCCUGGAACCCUGAAGAUCUGCUGGGGGCGGAUGACCUCUUUGACCCCCUGGAGGACUCUCAGACUCUGAACAGCUUCACUCGGCGUGACCGCGUCUUCGCUCGGCUCGACUUCCUGCUUGAGAAGGGUGCGGUCACACUCCUGCACCGGGAGACCGGCGUCAUACAGCUCGAGUUCUCAGGGGUGAAGAUCGGAGUGGAGUCCCUCCCUCGCACUGACUCCUCUCUGCUCUCUGUUCAGCUGGGGGGGCUUUUUCUGCGGGACCUCACCACCCAAGGAACCAUCUUCCCUGUCCUUGUCUCCCCCAAACCGAGCAUUGGUCAACCUUUUGGUCAAAGUAGUGGUUCGGAGACCCAAUACACAGGCCCUGGCACAGAGAGCACGCAGCCCCCAGUGUUCGAGAUGAUUUACGAGAGGAAUCCCUCGCACAGCGACUUUGAGAGGCGACUAGAGGUCAGCACCAGCCCACUGAACAUAAUCUACAACCAGCAGGCCAUCAAGAAGGUGACAGACUUCUUCUACAAGGGCAAGGUCCACACCACAGGGUUUGGCUACCAGUCAGAGUUGGAGCUGCGGGUGGCAGAGACAGCCAGGAGGCAGUACAACAAGCUGAAGAUGCAGACCAAGACUGAGAUCCGGCAGACCCUUGACCAGCUACUGGUGGGAGAGUUCAUUGAGAACAGUAAGCGCUGGACCAUGAAGCUGGAUAUCUGCGCCCCCCAGGUUGUCUUCCCAGAUGAUUUCCAGUCCCCUGACCCCGUGUUGGUAGUGGUGGAUCUGGGGCGCAUUCUCCUCACAAAUUCACAAGAAGACUCUAAAGUAAAGUCCAGGGGCACACCUGUGGAGGGGGAGGAACUUAGUGAUGACGAAUACGCAACCCCCUUAGCAACGCCACCUGGGUCCCCACCCCCCGAACUCGAGGCUGAGGUCAAGGGUCAGGGGAAGUGCCUUGACCUGUCAAGCCUGUCAGGAAGCGAGGGAGGGCUUUACUACAGCAGGAAACUGUACGAGAAGUAUUCCUUGUCAUUCUUAGACCUUCAGGUCAUGGUGGGCCGACACAAGGACAACUGGAAGAACCUUCAGGAGAGCGAGGUGGGGCCCACGCACAUGGUGGAGAGGUUCAACGUCCUUCUCCAGCUGGAGCAGCGGCUGCGUUACACCUCUGACCCUCAGCUCCCCGGGGCUGUGCUCUCAGGAACUCUCCCGGACCUCAAGGUCCAUAUCAACGAGGAUAAGUUGACAGCUUUGCGGAACUGCCUGGCCCGACUGGAUAGCCCCGACAUGGAGCAAGCGGAUGCAGGGGAGAAAGAAGAGCGUGAAAAAUCCAAAUUGGCCGACUCCUCAACUUUGCGUCAUGAGAAGAUCUUCCUGAAAGAUGACAGCCAGUGGAGGUUGCAAGGUUCUGCCAUGAACCUGACCCAGAGUGUGAUGACCCUUGAGCAGCACACCAGAGAAGUCCUAGUGGAAUCCAGACUCCUCCUGGCUGAGUUCAAUAUCAAUUAUGUCCAGCUGGGGGUGGAGAGUGGUGGGCGCUACAUCUCUGUCCUUAAAGUCUAUGGCACAAAUGCCCACUUUGUCAAGCGACCCUAUGAUGCCGAAGUGUCCCUCACUGUCCACGGUCUUCUGCUGGUGGACACUCUACAGACCUACGGCACAGACUUUGACCUCCUGGUGGCUUCUCACAAGCACCUUAGUUUUGACGUGCCCACUGGCAGCCUCCGGGACAGCCGCCCACAGUCCUCAGUCCCCCCCAACUCUCAGCCGACUAAAACUUCUACCCUGCAUGACGAAUCUCCUCCUGGGUCAGCCUCUGAUAAGAUGCCUUCCAUUUCCACAGCAUUCAAGAAUGAGGAGGCCCUCAUCAAGCUGGAGUACCAGUUUGUCAGCUCAGAGUGCCCUUCAAUGAACUUGGACAGCUCCCUGCAGGUUACCUCCAUGCAGGUCAACAACCUUGACAUUAUCCUCAACCCUGAGACGAUAGUGGAGCUGCUUAAGUUCCUCCAGAAGUCUUUUCCCAAGGAGAAGGAAGACCAAAGUUCUCCACUCCAGCAGCAACAGACUGCACAUGACCAAAUCGCGGAUGCUUCCGAUCAGGAGACCUUCCAGUCCACCUAUGACCAGAACACAGAGGUGACAGUGGAGAUCCACCGGCUGAAUGUCCUUCUGUUGCGUACAGUGGCUUCUGGCCCUUUCUUGGGGUCUGAAAAAAAGUGCAUUAAGAUUGCCACGGCAAGUAUGAGCGGCACAAAGGUAAAUGUUUCUAUGGGCAGUCGGCUGGAGGUCAGUGGCUCCCUUGGAUGUCUGCAGCUGGUCGACCUUGCCCAAGAAGGCUGCCGAAGCCAGUUUGUAGUCAGCAUCGGGAAUCUGGAAGAUGUUUCCCCAUUCAUGGGGCUGGAUUUCCUGGAGAAUGCUGUAGGGACACCACUAGAAGCUCUGAGUUUUCAUUUCCUUAAGAAGACCCAGGAGGAAUGCUCCCUACAGCUUCAGAUGGCCUCACUGCAUUACAACCACUCGGCAAGAUUCCUCAAAGAGCUGAGCCUCUCAGCCAAUGAAGUGGAGGACAACUUCCGCUCCAUGCUGAAGAGCGCAGCUAGCAAGGUGUCCACUGUGCUGGUCACAAAGACAGCCGAGUACAGCGAAAUGGUCUCCAUCUUUGAGACCCCUUCCAGGAAGAGCCGAGGGGGCUUCCUCUUUGAAGAGGAAGCCCUGGAGGAAGAGCCGACCAUGGAGGAAGAGCCGAGCAUGGACGAGCUCAUGGUCAAGCUCAUCCUGAACGUCAACAUCGACUCUCCGGUGGUCUCUAUCCCCAGAAAGCCUGGCAGCUCUGAGCUGUUAGUGGGACACCUAGGGAGCAUCUCCAUCCAGAACUUUGUGGCCGGGCAGGGCAGUUCGGAGAGGGCGAGGCUGCAGGUAGAAGUGAAGGACAUCCGGCUCUACUCCCUCAACACCAGCAAGCUGGGGCCCCGUAAGGCCCCCGGCACAGACCUCAGCCCUUCCUCCUCCCGCUCCCCAUCGCACAACGGCAUCUCUAACCAGGAUGAGCUGCAGUUCACCCGGCAUGACUUCUUCGAGUCUCUGCUCCGCAAGCAAGCCUUUCACAUCCUGAAGGACACCACUAUCCAGUUCACUAUGGAGAAGGUCCCCAUCGAUCAGGAUUCUGAGUUUUCCUUCCUCUCCUGCGAGGAUUCCUUUCACAGCAACAGCCUGAUGAAGAUCGAGGGCAAAUUUGUCAAUGCUGUGCAGGUGUCGUUGGCAAAGCCAGUGUACGAGCAGGUCCUGCAAACCCUGGACAACCUGAACUUCAUUGAAGAGCAACGUGUCACCCCCAGUGAGUCCCCUACCCCCCCUCCUCCAACCCCCUCAUCCUCCAAACCUCCCUGGUUCCCAGACCCGCAGGGGGGGCUAUUCGGACGAGAUGCCACCUCCACCAGCCUCUCCUACUCCUCCCUGUCCUCCACCCAGCCUCUCACCCCACCCAGCGAGCCUCCCUCAUUCACCCAGAUCCAAGCUACCUUCAGGGUAGCAGAGCUCCAGGUUCAACUGUCUGCUGAUCUCAGUUUGGGAUCCCAAGGACUGGUCAGCCUCUGCUUCCAGGACUUAGAAGGGGAGUUCUGCAAAGACCACCCUUAUACACUGGCUGUCCAGCUGACCCUCCGCUCCCUCCUUAUGGAAGAUCUCCUGGAACCCAACCCUGAUUCCAAAUACAAGCACCUCAUGGUGUCACGGGGAGCCCCCAAACCCUCUACCUUCUCCCCUAAGGAGUAUCUCUCCCAAUCCUGCCCUUCGUCAUCCAAUGCCCAGUUCCCUGACAUGCCUCGCUCCCUCCCUGCCCAUAUGGAGGAAGCCCAAAAUGUGUUUGAGCUCUAUCAGAGGCACCCUGGUGUCUCUGCCACCCCAGGAGGGGCCAGGAAGCACAAGGAGGAACCAGCCUACCCAAGCACCCCACCUCCUUCCCCCACCCACAACACCCCAUCUCCCAAUCCCAUGCCAGCCUUCGAUGACUCCCUGGUCCACAUCAAUGUCCUCCUGGUAGACAAGCGUCAUGCGGAAUUCCAAAGCCGCUACAGGGGAAUCGGCCGCAGUGUGGACGUGGAUUUCAACUGCCUGGAUGUUCUCAUCACCCUCCAGACCUGGGUAGUUAUUUUGGAUUUCUUUGGGAUCGGAUCUACCGCCAACAAUCACGGCCUCCGAACCACUCUCUUCCCAGAUGAGGACCACCCCCUGCUGCACCCCUCUGCCCCAGGAUAUGCAGAAGAGGAUGAUGAGGAGGAAGAGGGGAAGACAGAGGGGGUCAACACCAAGCUCGACUUCAAGGUUCAUGCUCUGUCUCUCGUGCUCAACAAGAAGACCAAUGAGCUUGCCAAGGCCAGUGUCUCCAAGCUCUCUACCCAUGUGGAAAUGAUUGACGGAGAUCUGUCUUUGCAGGGUAGCCUGGGAAGCCUGUCUCUAAGCGACCUGACCCCACAUGGAGAUCUGUACCGGGAGCGUUUCACCACUAGAGGGGGCGAGGCACUGAUCUUCGAUAUCUACAAGUAUGGUCUCCCUGACCCCAGUCUGUUGCGAAGGUGUGAUAUCAAGGUGAGCCUGCAGAUGGCGUCGGUGCAGUACGUGCACACCCAGCGCUUCCAGGCCGAGGUGGUGGCCUUCAUUCAGCACUUCACCCAGCUGCAGGACGUCCUGGGCAGGCAGCGGGCCGCCAUGGAGGGCCAUGCAGUUCGAGAGCGUCCUCAGCGAGCUGCGCGGGUCCUCCUGGAUAUUGAGGCAGGCGCCCCGGUCCUCCUCAUCCCAGAGAGCUCCCGCUCUCACCGCCUCAUCGUGGCCAACCUGGGCAAGCUGCGAGUCCGCAACCGCUUCCUGAACGCGGGCUCGCCGGGCACCUUCUCUCUCCGAGACAAGGAUCGUGAGAAGCAUGCCCCCCAGGGUGAAGGUAAGAAGGGGGCGAGUGAGCAAGAGACCCAGAGUAAGUCUCCCCCAGACCAGGCGAACUCCAUGAGUGACCCCCCUGCUUUCACACUGGGCCGCCCGCAGUGGGGGCCGGGAAGGAUGCCCGUAGUGGACAUCCCGGUAAACCCAGAGGACCAUGUGUGCCUGCUGGACUGCAUUGUGCUGGACCUUCAGGAGGUGGAUAUCUUUGCUGCAGAGCGGCUGCCUCGGGACAGCUCGGAGUGUGGGGAGGAUGAGAAGGAGGCCAGCACAGACUUGCUCUUCCCCUCCUACUCGGUGAGGCGCACCGGGGUCAACCUGCUGAAGGAGCGCUGCCGGCUCAAACUGCAAGUGGAGAGGAACCUGGACAAGGAGCUGAGUCACGCCGUGCCGGACAUGUCUAUCCAUGGCAGCCUGUCCUCAGUGCACUGUUCCUUGGACUUGGAGCGCUACCGGCUCAUCAGGGGACUGCUGGAGAACAACCUAGGGGAGCCAGUGGAGGAGUUCCUGAGACCCUACAACCUGCAGGACCCCAGAAGCUAUACGGUGCUGAGUGGAGAGGUGUACACAAGCCUGUCCUUACUCGUCGAUAUGAUGAACGUCAGUCUGGAGCUGCUCGAUUCCUCCCAAACAGCAGGGGGCAGCACCUCCCUCGCAAGGUUUGAUUUCAUGAAAUCCAAGCUGCUGUAUGAGAGCUUUUCCAAUGGCACCAAGUCUGUGAACCUGGUGUCGCACUCCCUCCUGGCUUUCGAUACUCGCAACAUGGGGCACAGUGUGACAAGCAAGGGACAAGCUGCCAGCGGGACAGAGCAGAGGCACAACGUCUUUGACUGCAUCCUCCAGCCUUCCAAAACCGGGGCCAACCGAGCUUCCCUGCAGAUGGAGCUGCACUUCAGGUCUACGCGUGACUCUUCCAGCUUCACGGUGGUUCUCAAUAACCUGCGUGUCUUCUUGAUCUUCGAUUGGCUGCUGCUGGUGCGUGACUUCCUGCGCACUCCGGCGGAGAAGGCCCCCCCUCCUCCUCGGCAGCGCUGGUCGAGUGGGAGCAGCACAGAGUCGGCACCGUCCGGAGCUGUGAUGCCCAAAACCAUCAAGACCGGUGUGGUGACCAAGCGAUCCACCGUCCCUGUCACCCAGGAGCACCAUCUGGAGGUGAAGAUCAACGUCACAGGCACAGAGUUUGUGGUGGUUGAGGACUCCUCUUGUCUCGACACCAACGCCAUCAUCCUCAAGGGCACCACCGUCUUGACCUACAAACCACGCCUAGCCGAGCGCCCCUUCUCAGGCAGCCUCGCGGGAAUCGAGGUGUUCUCGUGCCGGCUGGGCAGUGAGCAGGAGACGGCCCUCUCUAUCAUCGACCCUGUCAAUGUGCAGGUGGAGCUGAUGGGGAACCCCACAUACCAGAGCAGCUCUGGACUGCUAGAUGCCUUCAACACAGAGGACUUCCCUCCGCUGCUCGAGAUCCAGUUCCCAGCCCUGGAUAUCCGCCUCUCCUACAACGAUGUGCAGCUCUUUCUUGCCAUUGCCAAGUCCAUCCCCACCUCGGGGUCCCCUCCAGACCCCACCCUGGACACAGAGCCCAGCACCUCCAAGACCACCCAGGAACUCUUCAGGCACAAAACAGAAGCCAUCCUGGAAACGCAGCUGACUCGAUUGCAGGACCUGGGCUUUAAGAAAGAGGACUGUCGACGGGCCCUGGUUCUCUGUAAAGGUCAGCUGGACCAGGCCGCCACAUGGCUCUUCAAGAAUGCAGAGUCAGUGACAUCACAUCCUGUGGGCAGUGGUGCCGCUGGCUGUGCCCAUCCCGUGGCCCACCCUCUCUCUGGGGUGGAGGUGAAGGCGGAGAGCGUGUGUAUCUGCUUCAUUGACGACUGUCUGGACUGCGACGUGCCACUGGCUGAGAUCACCUUCUCACGACUGUACUUUCUGCAGCGGGUGGGUUCAAACCCAGAGGGGACCGCCAGCUUCACUCUGUCAGGAGAUUACUACAACCGUGAGCUCUCUGGCUGGGAGCCGUUCAUCGAGCCCUGGCCUUGCUCUGUUACCUGGCAGCAACAGGCCGCUGGACAUCUACAUCCUCCUCGCUUGAAACUGGGAAUCAAAGCCAGACAGAGACUGGACGUCAACAUCACAUCUGUCUUACUAGAGCAGUACAACAUGACCAAGUCCUCCUGGCUAGCAGAUUACUGCAAGGGGGAAGAGCUGGGGCAAGCUGGGGCCUCUCCCUCUGUCUCCUGGAUGGGCUCUUCGGUAGACCCCCCAUCCUUCGGGCAGAGUCUCCCUCUUGCCUACCUUAGAACUAGAAGCACAGCCAGCCUGACUAGUCUUGAGAGGCAGAUCCACUCUAGAGCGGAUGUGAAGUUCUCAAAGAGAAGACAACCGUUUGUGCCGUACGCCUUGAGGAACCACACCGGCUGUACCAUGUGGUUCGCUACCAUCACCACCACGCCCACAAGGGUGGCUCUGUCCCACAGUGGAAGUUCAGACCCUAUCUCUGAUGGUGAGGAGGGGAGGAGCUCAGAUGACACCCUCAACGUCAGCCAAUGGCGUGAAGUUCUGCCGGGAGAGGAGAUUCCCUUUGUGUUUGAAGCCAGAGAGAAGCUGCGACACAGACACACUCACGAGUUGAAGCUGCACCAGUUGCUGGUGCGGGUUGGGGGCUGGGAGCAGGUGAAACCCGUCUCCGUGGACAAGGUGGGGGUGUUCUUCCGAGACGCUGCACCGGAUCGCAACAACCCCUCCAGCAUGGUUGGAAGCCCGAUCAGUAAGACUAACAUUAUCCAUCCCCAUGUCUAUUUCUCAGCUCUGCCCCCUGUACGAGUGGUCUUCUCCAUCACUUUGGAAGGCAGUGCCCGCAAGGUCAUCACAGUGCGUUCAGCCCUGAUGGUCAAGAACCGCCUGGAGGUGCCCAUGGAAGUGCGACUGGACAGCCCCUCGGCCCCCGACAAGCCCGUGGUGCUGCCUCCUAUCCUGCCCGGGGAGUCCCAGGCUGUGCCUCUUCACCUCACCUCCUGGAGGCUGCAGGCUCGGCCUAAGGGCCGGGGCCUCUUCUUCUGCAAGACGCCCAUCCACUGGACCAGCAUGGAGCGGCCUGGCGAGGUCAACAGCAGCAAGAGGGAGUGCCACUCUGCAGACUACGAGGAGCACCUGAACCGCAGCUUCAGGUUUUGUGUGGUGAUUAAGAAGGAAAACUAUCCUGACUGUGUGCCCACCACACCGGUGCCUGGCAGUGCCAAGCAGAUCUACCGGCAACCAGGGCACACCAUCUACCUGCUGCCCACCUUGGUCUUGGCCAACCUGCUACCCUGCGACCUGAGCUUCUACAUCAAGGGCACCUCCAUCAAGGGGGCCCUGAAACCGGGCAAGGAGGCUGUGCUGCACGCAGCUGACACCUCACAGAAUAUUGAGCUGGGGGUGCAUCUGGAAAACUUCCCAGUGUGCAAGGAACUGCUGAUCCCCCUGGGCACGCAGAACUACGUGGUGCGCAUGCGGCUUUACGACCCGAACAAGCGGCUGCUGUGCCUGACCAUCCGCAUCAUCUUGAGAGCACAGGGAGCCCUGAAGAUCCUCAUCUCUGCCCCCUACUGGCUGCUCAACAAGACUGGGCUGCCCCUGAUUUUCCGGCAGGAUAACGGGAAGACGGACGCAGCUGGGCAGUUUGAAGAGCACGAGCUGGCACGCAGCCUCAGCCCCAUGCUGUUCUGUUACUCUGACAAGGAGCAGCCAAACAUGUGCACCAUGCGAAUUGGGAAGGGGAUUCAUCCAGAGGGGGUGCCCGGCUGGUGUCAGGGCUUCUCUCUGGACGGGGGCAGUGGAGUCCGAGCAGUCAAAGUCAUCCAGCACGGGAACCGGCCCGGCCUCAUCUACAAUAUAGGGAUCAAUGUGAGGAAGGGGAAAGGCCGCUACCGAGACACCCACAUCGUGACCUUUGCCCCUCGCUACCUGCUGGACAACAAGUCCUCCCACCAGCUGGCCUUCUCCCAGCGCGAGUUUGCCAGAGGAAAGGGCACAACCAAUCCAGAGGGCUACAUCUCAACCCUGCCUGGCUCCAGCGCGGUCUUCCACUGGCCGCGCAACGACUACGACCAGCUGCUGUGCGUGCGAUUGAUGGACACGCCCAACUGCACCUGGUCCGGAGGCUUCGAGGUCAACAAGCACAAGUCCUUCCACGUCAACAUGAGGGACACCCUGGGGAAUUGCUUCUUCCUGCGUGCUGAGGUCACCCUGAAGGGGGCGACGUACCGAAUCUCCUUCAGCGACACGGACCAGCUCCCACCUCCGCUGCGCAUCGACAACCACUCGGAGGUCCCGAUUCAGUUCUGGCAGCACGGUGUGGCUGAUCUUCGCUUGCACACAGAGGUGAAGCCAGGGCUGUCUCUGGACUAUGCCUGGGAUGAGCCCACCCUGCCCUCCUACAUCACCCUGACAGUGAAGGGGGCCGGCUCCUCCGAAGUCACCGCAGAUAUGAACUUCUUCCGGGAAAACAAUAAGCUGUACUAUGAGAACUUCAUCUACAUCGCUGCUUCCUACACCUUCUCACAGAGCCAGGAGGCCAGCAAUAAGAGACCAAAGUCUGUAAACAGGGCUGUGAGCUGCGCUGAGCUGGUCCUGGAUGUGGAGACGAAAACCCAGAGAGUCAUUUUGAAAAAAAAGGAGCCAGGGAAACGCUCUCAGCUCUGGCGUAUGACUGGCACUGGAAUGCUGUGUCACGAAGGCUCCUCCCCACCGCAGAGUAAGCCCGCCCAGCCCCGUCCCCAGGACUCCACCCUUGUGCUGGACAUCGCCGGAUUGGCUGCUGUCACUAACAACAGCUUUGAGCCCCUGAUGCUGAGGAAGCCAGACUCGCGGCGCAGCACCACACAGACCUGGUACUUCAGCGCCGGCAAGCUCACCUGCGGCCUGCCUCGAUUAGUGGUGCAGGCGAGGCGCGGUGUCUCUGGUCUCUAUGACAGUGCGGAGGUAGUGCUGGGUCCGGACCCCUUCUCUGGUCUCGUCGACCCCGUCCCCCCGGAGCAGCAGUUCCUCAAUCAGAAGAUGCGUCCCGGCUCAGGGGUCCUGUCAGUGGGGGUGAUGCCUGAUGGGCCCACGCGUGUGCUGCAGAUCACUGAUCUUAACCAGCGGCGCCCGGCCCGCUCAUCCCCCAGCUCAGAGGAGGCUCUGGACGGGGAGAGCGAGAUUCGGAAGAGCACAGAGCAGGAGCUGGAGGUGCUGGUGAGCUUGGAGGAGGGGGUGGGCCUCUCCCUGGUCAACAAGGUCCCGGAGGAGUUGGUCUUCACCACGCUGUCAGGGAUCGACUUGCACUUCACCCACACUGCAGCCAGCCAGGUCCUGGAGCUGAGCAUCAACCAAGUCCAGGUGGAUAACCAGCUGCUGGGCACGACUCAGCCGGUGAUGUUGUGUGUCACCCCCAGUAACAGCGAGAGUGGGGUAGUGGAGACGGGACCCGCACUGCAGCUCAACACCAUGAAGGUGCCCAGCAACCUGAUGCUCACUGACCUCUUCAAGCACCUCAUGGUGACAGCCCGCCGGUUUACCGUCCAGAUUGAGGAGAAGCUACUGCUGAAACUGCUAAAUUUCUUUGGCUACGGACAAUUGGAACCAGAGAUGGAGAAGCUGGAUGAGAACCUGUAUGAGAAGCCCAGCGAGCAGGGAGGAGCUGUGAAGCGCUACUACUUUGAGAACCUCAAGAUCAGCCUCCUCCAGAUCAAGCUGAGUGUCUUCACUUCCAGCAAGCUCUCUCCCGACCUCAAGGCUCUGAAGAGCACCCUGGGGAUCCCGCUCAUCCGUUUUGAAGAUGCUGUGAUCAACAUGGACCCCUACACCCGCGUGCACCCUUACGAGACCCAGGAGAUCAUUAUCAACGACAUCCUCAAACACUUCCGAGAGGAGCUGGUGGGCCAGGCUGCACAGAUCCUGGGCUCAGUGGAUUUCCUGGGGAACCCCAUGGGUCUUCUCAACGAUGUCACCGAGGGGGUCUCGGAACUCAUAAAGUAUGGCAAUGUUGGAGGGCUGAUCCGGAACGUCACGCACGGGGUCUCCAACUCAGCUGCCAAGUUUGCAGGGACGCUGUCGGACGGACUGGGGAAGACCAUGGAUAACCGGCACCAGACAGAAAGGGAGUACAUCCGCUACCACGGGGCUACCAGCGGGGAGCAUCUGGUAGCCGGGAUCCAUGGCCUGGCUCAUGGAAUCAUCGGUGGGCUGACCAGUGUCAUCACCUCUACUGUGGAGGGGGUGAAGACAGAGGGAGGGGUGAGCGGCUUCUUCUCCGGUCUGGGCAAAGGGCUGGUCGGCACGGUAACCAAGCCGGUGGCUGGUGCGCUGGACUUCGCCUCUGAGACUGCCCAGACCGUCCGAGACAUGGCCAGCCUGAGCAACCACAGGAUGAGUAUGCAGCGCGUCAGGAAGCCACGAUGCUGCAAGGGCCCUCAGGGCCUCCUGCCUCGAUUCUCCUCCACCCAGGCUGAGGGACAGGAGCAGCUCUUCCGCCUCACAGACAACCUCCUGUCAGAGUUCUUCAUUGCAGUAGAGCCCAUCGACACAUACUGUGUCCUCAUCUCAUCUAAAGCUGUCUACUUCCUGAAGCCGGGGGACUGCAUCGAUCGAGACGCCAUCUUCCUCGAGAUCAAAUACGAAGACCUCUACCACUGCCUGGUCUUCAAGGAUCAUGGGAAAGUAUAUGUGCAGCUCACCAAGAAAGCAGAGAACACAAGCAGUGGUGUGGCCAUCCCAGGACCUUCGCACCAAAAACCCAUGGUUCACGUGAAGACCGAAAACCUAGCUGUCAAAAUCUCUCAAGAAAUCAACUAUGCCAAGAGCCUCUACAAUGAGCAGCAGCUAAUGCUGCCGCCCAAUGAGAAUGAGAAUUACCCAGAGCUGGGCUCCUAAUGGGCCAAUCAGGAAGGCUUCUUCUGUAACAGGUUAGCAUCCAAUCAGUGGGGAGAACUUCUUGAGAUAGCCAAUCACUGAUUCAACCCAACGGAUGCAGCAGAGCGGUAACAAAAACCUGGAAAAUCGUCUGUACAGAAAUCGAAGAAGCACCGCCUUUUUCAGUUUGAGUGUCUUGACAGCCUCUUUUCUUUUUUAAUCCAAAGCGGACUGCUUGACCUGUAGAGGCACACAGCUAUAGCGGAAAAUAUGCAACGCAAAUUAUUUUACGGUGUUCUGUAUUUGCGAUAUAAAUUUGAGAUUAGACAGGAGAGUGAAGAGAUCUUUAUUUUGCUACACUAUGUAAAAAAAAAAAAAAAAAAAAAAAAAACGAAAAAGAAAAAGAAAAACACUAUCUAUCGGGCCCUGUAAAAAUGGAAAUGGUCAUCACAAUAGAAGUAUAUACAAAGUGUGUAUAUAAUGUCUUGUGUGCUGUAUAAAACUGCCUUUACAAUUAAGAGAUGUACACUGUGGGCAAUCUGUGAGCACUUGACUGAAUCCAGACCACACUUGCAGGCAGCAGCGGCUAUGUCGGAUACUGAAGCUGCACAACCUUACCUUGCCCAGGAGGGGUUGCUAGAGCCUAAUGGACUAUGAAUGUCACUGACAGUGUAUUGUACGGUGCAUAUAUGAAUAGUCUGAUCACCCUGCUCCUGAACUAGCCACCACAGGCUGCUAUAACACAGUGCUCUCCCAUUUGAGUCUUUCAGAUCACAGCCGUUAAGGAGUACUGCAAAAUGAGAAAUAUUUGCAUGCCAGAAAUCUUUUGCAGGACCAAUGUUUCUAGAAUCCCAUAUAAAACAAUGAUUUGCUUGUGUAUUUAAAAAAAAAAAAAAAAAAAAAAUUAAAAAUAGAUGUUCAGGGACAAUGCUGGUAAUUUAAAGGGUCAAAACAAUUAAAUAUGAUCAGCUAAUUUGCAACCUAUCAUAACUAUGUAGGAUAAACCAUGAACACGAACAGGGAUUACUGCAGUUAUGUGAGCGAGUACAGCUUGUUUGCAGCUAUCCAUGUGAGUGAAAUAACCACAGCACUCCAUGAACGCUUAUGGGGUAUUCUGUUUAUAGAGUUCAAUGUAUGGGAAAAAAAAGUGUUUAACCCUAAAUUAAACAGCUGAAUCCUGAGAAUUACAAUCCUUCGAUCACUCUCUGGAUCUGCUUAGAUUAAACUCCCAGUGUUAGAACAAAGUCUUCCAAUUUAAAUUCUUUUUUUAUUUAUAGUUUCCCAACAAAAGUGUAUUUUUAGUGCUUGUGCAAACCCUUUGAUGUUCUAAUUAUAGAUGGUAAAACAUGCGCUUCUCAUUUCAUAGAAUGAGAAACAGCUGCGUUGCAGGAUCAGGGGAUUAGAAAGUCAAACAGUAUGCUGUUAUUUUACAAGAGUCCAAUUGAAUUAGCUUUGUAGUUGGGGCGGAAAGUUUGCCCAAACGGAACAACAGUCAUUUGAAUUCCAUAAUUUAAUUAACAGCUCGUCAACGAGGCGUUAAUUGAAACUCAAUCAAUAUUGAUUCCCAUUCACUCUGUUCAUUACAGAAACUUCUAAUUUCCCAGUAAAUUUUGCUCCAGGUAAUUGAAUUAGGCUGUUGAAAUGCGUGGAUUGUGUACUGAUCCUGUGGUCACUUUAUUGUUUUGUUUCUUUUUCAUACCAUAGAAAUCGCUGCCAAUUGCAGUUUUAGAACUGAUCUAUAACAAUUAAUGUAAAAAGUUCCAACAGUAAAUAGGCCCAGUUAAUUAAGAUAUUUAAAUCAAAAUCUAGUUUUUCUCGAAGCACGAACUAUUUCAGAACUAGUGCAGCAUGAGUUUUGUGGCUAUAUUUCUUGCUCAUAUUUUUCAGAAUCUCUUCAUUCUUAUCUGAUCAGUGCCACAGGGUUAGCCUUAAACCUAGCAGGAGAAAGUCAAGGCAAUUGUGUGCAUCUUUAAGCCUUGCAAAAGGGACACAGAUUACCUAAUACAGGUGAAGCUUUUUGCUUUUUUCCACUUUGUCUGUGACAAGCUAAUAGCCCUUAUAAAAGUGUACCACUUUUUAAACUUUAAUUUUCAUUUAAUCACUGAUUAAUUAAUAAACCAGAGUUUAGCAGUAGUGUUGGGGUGCAGCAGUCUAAAGGGUCCCCCUUCCGUCCUUAUACCAUGGGUGUCAUGCUGAAUUGACUUUCAGUUAUUCAUUUAUUUAUUAACAGUACUAGGAACAAAAGGUAACAUUAGUAAUCCAAACACAGAUGUAACCUAUAUGUGGAAACCCCAAAGCACUGAUUGGAUCACCAGUGUGAGAUUAUAAUAUAGUAGCUGUAAGAAACAAUAUCACAACAUGGUAAUAUUUUAAAGUUACGCUAUAUCAAUAAGCUGUCCACAGGAUGCUGUACACAUGAGCAUUAUUUUUGUUUUUCCCUUUUAGUAAUGCUUGCUGCUCCGAAAUGGCUAGUUAUCUGGACUGCAAAUUGGAUAUCUCUGCUCAAAGUAAUCUCAAAUUGCACAAUCAUUGUGGUGGUGUAGAUUAGGAAGGUUUAUAACCAGAAAGAUGGUGAGUUAAUGAACAAGCACAAUUAUUUAGACAGUUAUCUAUCAAUAGCCAUAGUUCUGUACAUCACAAUUGUGUAAAAAAAAAAAAAAAAAAGUUUCCGAUAAAACACUUAAAUGAAUUCCAUUUAAAAAAAAAAAACACAUUUGGCUAAUAUUGAAGACGAUAAUAAAUUAGUUUAACUAAAAAUAAUGUCCACAGUUUAGAUACCUUAACCAAAGUUUAUUAAACUAAUUAGUAUAUAUUUUUAUUAGUAUCUAGUUUCAGAUGUGUACUAGUCAUGAGCAAAAAAGUAUACUGCAGUAAUUUUACAACCUAGUUAUAACAUGCUGUUUGAAGCUAUGGAUAUUAAAACUAUGGGUAACUGUCUGAAUAUUAUUUGUGAGCUACUGUAUGUACUAAUAGUACUAGAGUUUUAAUCUAAAAGUCUCUGGAAAUGUCCUUCUGGCCUGUUUGUAUAGCUCAAACCACUGGAUACAAAUGUUUUCUAUUGUUUUCAUCUGUACAAAGUGUAAAGGUUAAUAAUUAAAAUCAUUUUUGUUUCUCUAAA